UGACCUGGGGCCCUGAUGGCGAACUUCAAGGGCCAUGCACUCCCAGGGAGUUUCUUCUUGAUAGUUGGACUGUGGUGGUCAGUGAAGUACCCGUGGAAGUACUUUCACCAAAAGCGGAAGAGCAGCCGACAGCAUCAGUAUGAGCGUCUUGAGAUCAUUGAAGCCGCAAUCAGGACUUUGUUUUCGGUCAUUGGAAUCCUCGCAGAACAGUUUGUUCCAGACGGGCCCCACCUCCACCUCUACCAUGAAAACCACUGGGUGAAGUUAAUGAAUUGGCAGCACAGCACCAUGUACCUCUUCUUUGGUGUCUCAGGACUUGUUGAUAUGCUCACCUAUCUGGUCACGCACGUUCCCUUGGGGGUGGACAGACUGGUUAUGGCUAUGGCAGUAUUCGUCGAAGGUUUCCUCUUCUACUACCACGUCCACAACAGGCCUCCCCUGGACCAGCACAUCCACUCAUUCCUGCUGUUUGCUCUGUUUGGAGGGUGUGUCAGUAUCUUCCUGGAGGUGAUCUUUCGGGACAAUAUUGUGUUGGAACUUUUUCGAACCAGUCUCGUUAUUCUCCAGGGAACCUGGUUCUGGCAGAUUGGAUUUGUACUCUUCCCGCCUUUUGGUACACCUGAAUGGGACCAGAACGAUGAAGCAAACCUCAUGUUCAUCACCAUGUGCUUCAGCUGGCACUACCUGGCUGCCCUCUGCAUUGUGGCUGUCAACUACUCUCUUGUUCACUGUUUUCUGACACGGAUGAGGAGACGCGGAGGAGGAGAAAUCAUUGGGAUUCAGAAGCUGAAGUCAGAUCACACUUACCAGACGGCACUCUUGAAUGGCUCAGAUGAGGAAUGAGCAGGCCACGCAGAUGGCGGAGACAGCCCACUGAACAGCCAGAGUGAAUGUAGUUCGCCCUCUCCACCUUAAUGCUCGCUGUGGUCUGCUCUUAAGGUCUAUACGUUUGCAACUCCUCCUUUAAUACAAGAUUGGAGGUCCUAAAACAGGAAAUUAGGCCUUCAGUGUUCUGUGUAACUUGCUGUUUGGAUUUUUAAACACAAAGUCUGUGUUGGUGCAAUAACCUUUAUAA